CGCUCACUACAACUAGGUAGUGUUGGGAGCUGCGAGCCAAGAGAGAAACCGUGUGACCUGAGUCAACACGGUAAAUCUGAAUCAAAUUGGAGCCAUACAGCACUGAAAUCGCGAACACUCUCACCACAGCACAGACCCUGGAUAUGGCUACGUCUAUACUUGGGGAAGAGCCACGGUUUGGAACUACACCUCUAGCGAUGCUGGCUGCAACUUGCAACAAAAUUGGCAACACCAGUCCUCUCACAACUUUACCAGACUCCAGCGCUUUCUCCAAAGGUGGAUUUCACCCGUGGAAGAGAUCCUCCUCCAGCUGCAACUUGGGAUCCAGUCUGCCCGGCUUCACAGUAGCAACAAGCCGAGCUUCGACAGGACUAACACCGACCAGUGGCACAGGCAACAGCGCCUUUUGCUUAGCCUCCACCUCCCCGACCUCGUCCGCGUUUUCCACAGAGUACAGCGGUCUGUUUUCCAACUCUGCCAGCGUCACGACCCAGGAGUCUGGACAGUCUGCUUUUAUCUCCAAAGUCCACACAUCAGCAGAGACUCUGUACCCGCGGGUGGGGAUGGCGCACCCGUACGAGUCGUGGUACAAGUCGGGGUUCCACUCAACUAUCUCUGGUGAGGUCGCCAACGGGGCGUCCUCGUGGUGGGAUGUCCACACGAACCCCGGGUCGUGGCUCGAUGUCCAGAAUCCCGCAAGCACCCUCCAGACCUCACUGCACUCCGGGACCCCGCAGGCUAUCCACUCCCAGCUGAGUGGCUACAACCCGGACUUCUCCUCGCUCACCCACUCGGCGUUCAGCUCCACCGGAAUCAGCCCGACCGCGUCUCACCUCCUGUCCACCAGUCAGCACCUGUUAACGCAGGACGGUUUCAAAACGGUCAUCCCCACUUACACAGACGCUACUGCCGCCAACGCCAUGAUUUCAGGGGGCAGCUCAGGAAUAAGCAGCUCCUCCAGGUCGUCCAGGCGCUACUCCGGCAGAGCAACAUGUGACUGUCCGAACUGCCAGGAGGCUGAGCGGCUGGGACCCGCCGGGGCCAGUCUGCGGAGAAAAGGACUCCACAGCUGCCACAUUCCCGGCUGCGGUAAAGUGUACGGAAAGACAUCUCACCUCAAGGCGCAUUUGAGAUGGCACACCGGCGAGCGGCCUUUUGUCUGCAACUGGCUUUUCUGUGGCAAAAGGUUCACUCGGUCCGAUGAGCUCCAGAGACACCUGCGCACCCACACCGGAGAGAAACGGUUUGCAUGCCCGGUGUGUAACAAGCGCUUUAUGCGGAGUGACCAUUUGAGCAAGCACAUCAAAACGCACACGGCGGGCGGAGGAGGCAAAAAGGGGAGCGACAGUGACACCGACACCAGUAACCUGGAGACCCCGAGGUCCGAGUCCCCAGAACUUAUUUUGGAGGGUGUGAACCCCAGAAUCACUGUAAAGGAUCCGUCUCCUCACGACGAGCCCUGAGGCUUCUUCUCCCUCUUAAAAAAAAAAAAAAAAUGAAA